GAGGGAGGAGGGACGAAGCUGAGGGAAGAGAGAGAAGCUUCACCGAGCUUGCUUGGAGAGGGGUGUCGAGCUGUCCGUCUCUCCACUCCACCCACCAGAGCUACCUUGCGAGGGCAAAAUCUGCGGCCUCCUUUCCCGAGCCCGGUUGGAUGGAGAGGGACUUCCUGGCCGCGAUCGGCAAGGAGCGGCAGCAUCCGCAGCAGGAGAAGCCCGGCAGGGAGGAAUCAGCUUACUUCGGAGGAGUAGCAGGAGCUCCGGCGAUGGACUGGUCUUGCGCAGGCAAGCCCGGCGCCGCGCCGUCGUUGAUGUCGUUCCGGUCGGCGGCGAGGGAGGAGCCCGCGUUCCCCCAGUUCUCCGCCUUCGACGGCGCCAAGAACCCGGCUCCACGUAUCCUCACGCACCAGAGAUCGUUCGGCGCCGACAGCCUGCAGUCCGGCGCCGUGCACCGCGCGCAGCCGCCGCAGCAUGGGCUGAACGCGGCUAGAGUUAUUCCGGUCUCAUCGCCGUUCAACCAGAACAACCCUAUGUUCAGCGUCCAGAGCUCACCUAACCUUCCCAAUGGAGUCGCCGGAGUUGGUCCGUUCAAGCACCCUCCUUUCGCCAUGAACAACGCCUUGACCAAUUCUACCGUUGGUGUGUAUGGAACAAGGGAUGCCGUGAAGCCAAAGACGUCACAGUUGACUAUCUUUUAUGCUGGUUCUGUCAAUGUAUUCGAUAACGUCUCAGCUGAGAAGGUUCAGGAGCUCAUGUUCUUAGCUAGCAGAGGAUCUACUCCAAGCUCAGCCCCUGUGGCCCGUAAACCGGAGGCUUCUAUUUUCACUCCAACAAAAGUCACAGUACCUGAGGUUUCUCCUGCAAAGCAGAUGCUAUUUCAAAAACCACCGCAUGUUUCGUCACCUCCAUCAGCCAUCACCAAACCAAUCCCCCGUGUCUUGCAAGCUGCAACUCUCCUCAGGAGCGCCUCUAGCUGUAACCAUGAUCCCCCGGUGCCAAAAUCUUCCGUCCCAUUAGCUGUUCCUCCCCUAAGUCAGGCUCCUGCAACUCAGCCAGCAACACUGGCCACUACAACCGCAGCAGCUAUAAUGCCUAGAGCGGUCCCUCAAGCUCGAAAGGCGUCCCUGGCUCGAUUCUUGGAGAAAAGAAAGGAAAGGGUGACUACUGCUGCUCCAUACCCAUCAGCCAAGAGCCCGUUGGAGAGCUGCGACACAUUCGGGAGCGUGAGUGCCAACGACAAGUCAUCUUGCACGGACAUUGCUCUCUCAAGCAACCGCGACGAGUCGCUAUGUUUAGGCCAGCCCAGGAACAUCAGCUUCAGCCAAGAGUCUCCCAGUACAAAACUACAGAUCUGAUCUGGCCAUGCCCCCAAUGUCCAUAGACUUGUCCAGGCUGACUGAUGCGAAAUCAUAAAAUACCCUUUUUGCACUCAGGCAAGGGCUCGAGAGGAAGAGAUUAUAUAUGUUGUUGAUGAUCUUGUUUAUGAUGGUAUUUUGCCGUAUUAGUUGCUGCAACGCUGGCUUAGCUGGUGGUACCCCACAUAACUAACAAGAGAGCUGUCACUUGCAGACUCUUGAUUAUUUUUUGCCCUAGCACCAUUCAUUUUGCGAAAAGGAAAUCAAAUGUCAAUUUAGCAGUAUCAUAUUAUAGGCUUACAGAUUCUGCGCCUUGUAUGGCGAAAAACUGUACCAUUCUUGUUCUUGUACUGUGAACAUUAAAGCUGCAGAAUGCAAGAGCAGAACUUUAUUCUUGAUGA